CAGAUUGCUCUCAGAACGAAUCGGCAUCACGAGCUGCCACUGUUGCGUUAGUGCUACUCGAAGCCUGACGCCGAUCAAACGUGAUUCUUGAAAAGUGUCGUUCCGGUCGUUCGCGGUCGUGCUUCCUGAUGGCGAGAGCGUUGAGAUUGUGAACGUGCGUGAGAUUUUUAGAUUGUCGUUUUAAGGCAAAUCUCAAUUCAGUUGCGAUCGGACUUCGGACUACAAGUCACUUAGGUAAUCUGCAUCUUCUGUCGUGCGUAGCGAGUGGUCAUGCGUUGUACCGGUAGUGCUCUCAAGUGGACAGAUAGUGAUUAAGAACAACCGCAGAAGAAAAUGAGUAGUGUCAUAAAGAAACGAAGUUUUUUGCUACCAGUGAUCGUAAUUGUGCUGACGCUUAGUAUUGGGGGGACACGGUCAGCGGACAUCACCGAUCGGACAUCCCCCCUGGAUAGUGAUAUGAUGAGAAAUUUGUUCCAUUCGAUGCGCAAAUGGAUGUUCAAUAUGGUGGGAAGAACGGGACUGAGGACACGUGGACACUUCCUGCAGGAUAAAAUUCCGGACGAUUUGCCAUUUCCGUGCAAUGUCUCACUGGGAAGAAGCCGGCGAACGCCGAAUAGUGUACACAAGCUACGGCCAGGUGAUGUCAACGUUAUAGCUGCCAUGGGAGAUUCACUAACAGCAGCCAGUGGUGCGGCGUCUACUAACGUAAUGGAUUUGUACAUGGAAAACCGUGGCCUUGCUUGGAGCAUCGGAGGUCAAUGGAACUGGCGCAACGUGACGACGCUGCCAAACAUUUUGAAAGAAUUCAAUCCCCAGCUCGUCGGUUAUUCCCUGGGCGAUGCCUAUCCAUUCCACCGCGAAACGCAGUUCAACAUGGCUGAAAUAGGCGCAGUUUCGUACGACAUACCAUUCAUGGCACGUUCGUUGGUCAAAAGAAUUCGUUCCGAUCCUAGGGUGAACUUCAAGCGGGACUGGAAGAUGAUCACAAUUACCAUCGGGGGGAAUGACAUAUGCUCGUUUGUGUGUGCUAUGGAACGUCCAGAUGAUCUUCCGCAGAAGCAUCGAUUGAGGAUGAUCAGGGCACUUCGCUAUCUACGAGACAAUAUGCCGAGAACGUUCGUGAAUAUCGUUUCAGUGCCAUCUGUAGAAACGGUAGUAUCACUCGAAUCGAAGCCGGGAGUGUGUCACACUCUUCAUCACGGUGAAUGUUCCUGCUGGGUCGGGACUGCCUACAAUCAGACUGACGAAACAAGACAACGAUGGAAGAUCAUUCAGGAGGGAAUGGUUAAGGUGGAAAAAGAAGUUUCACAGAUGGACGAGUUUCGUCGCCUAGAUGGAUUUGCCGUGGUCUACCAGCCGUGGUCAACGCACUUAUCGCUCAAAAUGAACGGUAGAGAUGUGGACUACUCCUUAUUAGCAUACGACUGUUUUCACAUGAGCCAAAAAGGAAACGCGUAUGCUGGAACAGCGCUGUGGAACAAUCUGCUGGAACCGGUGGGAAAUAAAAGUCUCAACUGGCGGCCGCUGUUCGAAAAUUUCCGAUGCCCCACUGAAAAGACGCCCUACAUCUACACCUACGAUAACAGCUAAGACCCCACCGAAGAAAGUGAACUGAAACGACGACCUAGCUUUGCUUUUGUGCAGUCCUCGCUCACAAUGAGCACUUUAAUUUUAGUUUAAUUUAUUCCACCAAACUGUUGCAAUGUUAGAAUGUCAGACAGUAGGCUUCAGUACCUUGCCGUCAGCUUGAUUGAUUUCAAUUAGAUCAGUAAGUUAGGUAAGCCCAAUAAAACUGCGCUAAUUGUGCAUCUAAACUCGAA